AUGGCUGUGAAGGAAAGUAAAAUCGACUUUGUCACGGAUCCUUGUCCCAUCAAACCUCGUAAAAUUGGCCCGCAGAAUGUUGUGGUGCGUCUUAGACGCAGGGAAACUAUGGGCUGUCCCUUCCCGGGCACGCACGUGCACACCGCGAGGCAGUUCUAUCAAAAUGUCUUUCCUAACUUCACUGUGAUGAACGUGGAGAAACCACCGUGUUUCCUGCGUAAAUUUAGUCCGGACGGAAAGUACUUAGUGGCGUUCAGUGCGGAUCAAACGUCUAUCGAAGUGUACGAUUAUUGCGGGGCCUCCGCCGCUGCGGACUUGAUAGCCGAAUGCGAAGGCGAAUACAUCGGCCACAAGAAUGACGACUGUAGUUUUCACAUACGAAGUAAUAUCUUCGCGCGAUUUUUCAAGGUUAAGUGGAUUAUAAAUGUGGUACAAAGCAACGAGCAAUUGAACAGAGAGUGCAGUCUUUUCACAGAUGAUGCUCGAUAUGUGAUCGUGGGCUCAGCCGCGCAUAUUCCUGAUGACUUGAGGCCACACUUUUAUCAGAUUUAUUCUAAUAAUGAAGCGUUGACACCAAAUCCAAGAUCACCGCUGGAGGAUUAUAGUCUGCAUCUGAUCGAUUUACGGGGAGGAAAAUUAUGUGAUACUAGACACUUUAAAGUAGAUAAGAUUUAUCUGUCGCACAAUCAAGGUCUUUAUUUGUACAAAGAUAUAUUAGCAGUAUUGUCUGUACAGCAUCAGACUAUACACAUCUUUCAAAUCCUUGAUGGCAUGUUUAUAAAUGUCAGGACAAUAGGAAGGUUUUGUUUGGAAGAUGACGCGUACUUAGUUACAAGCGCAUGGCCUGGAGCUAAUUGUAGACCAUUUAGAGAUGCUACGAUAAAUAGCCUGAAACAUAAGUUAUUAGUAUAUUUAUAUAAGAGGGCAAAAUACAUAAGUUACGCGACGAAAGACCCGUAUGAAUUGAGGAGAUUCUAUCAAUAUUUCGACCAGCUAAAUUCCCUGCGAAUGUGGAAGAUGCAACUCUUAGACACGGACCAUAUUUUAGUGCGAUACACGAGCGAGGAAGUGGCGACUUUGCAAGCAAACGAACCUAAUGCGCAGCCGGCGUUAUUAGUCGUUUAUGAUAUGGUCACGGCCAAAAUUUUGGCAGCUUAUGACAACGCGUCGACUCAACUGUUAACCCAAUUCGAAAACUUCAGCGAUUUUUUCAGAAAUGCCAGAAUGAGUACGGAUUGCCAGUACAUGUGUUCACCGUCUAAUAACAUAUAUGCCAGAUUGUUGCAACAAAGAUUCAAAUAUACAAUAAUAAGCGCCAAAUUCGGUGGCGUCACGGAAGCGACGAAACGUUUACUCGCUCAAUUGCCGAUAUGCGCUCAAUCUUAUUCCAGUUCGCCCUAUCUGGACUUGUCAUUAUUUUGUUAUGACGACAAAUGGGUUUCUAUGAUGGAACGCCCCAAAGCAUGUGGCGAACAUCCCAUACGCUUUUACGCACGCGAUUCGGGUCUCCUGAAAUUCCGAAUGUAUGCGGGUAUGUUAGGCAGAACAGCACCGACAUCUGCGAGACGAUUGGUCGCGUUCACCUUUCAUCCGACAGACCCGUUCGCGAUUUCGGUACAGCGUACGAAUGCAGAAUAUAUCGUCAGUUUCCACAUCAGGCAUAUUUAAGUCUUCCCUUUUCUAAUACGUUUGCAUCAUGGUAGAACACGAUUAGAUUAGUGGACGUCUCACUGGAACAAUUGAGAUUGUUGCUGCUAGAGUACAAAACGAAUUUUCUGGAAGAGAACACGUUAUAAAAUAACCAGUUAAAUCGGAAUCAAUAUGAACAAUCUUUUAUGAAAUUCAUUGACUGUUAGGGCAUAAGAUGUAUGAUGUAUAAAAUGCAAUGAGGUUUAGCACAUUUUAAUACGACUUGAGAUUUGGGGACUAUGAAAUGCGAGAAUUUUGUAACGUUAUUUUUGUAAUUUUACCAAAACGUCACAUGUAAAGUAGAAUAUUGUUAGGUCUCAUCCUUUUGAACUGCAGUUUUUUAUUAUGUCUGUGGAGCAGAAGGAAAUGUAGGGAGAUGUAGAAAGUGCAAAUAAAAAGAAUAAAUUUA